UAUAGACACAACUUCGCUUGGAAGCAUUCUAUGCUUUCAAUGAAAGAUUUGCAAAAAUACGCAGUGCAAGGAUAAAGAAGGCAGUGAAGGGUAUGACAGGCAACCACUCAUUGGAAUUGUUUGAUGAUGCUGCAGAAGAUACACCUGCAAGGAGAAGGAAGCAAAAAGUGAAACCUAAUGGUAAUCAGAAGAGAACUAUAUUAGAAAGUGGUUCGAUGGGAGCAGAUUCGGGUGAUGAUGAGAUUAAGAAUGCAAAAAAUUCUCCACCUGCAAAGAAGCCGAGAAAAAGUACGGGAGAUCCUUCACAGAGUGAAGGGGCAGCUAGAAGAUCGGGAGGCAGUGAAGAAUCAAAUGCCAGGCAAAGGCUCAAACGAGGCAAGAGAAGUCUCUCUCUUCAGAAGGGACGGAAGAGUAAGAGUUCUUGUUCGAGAUCUAAAGAAACCAGUUCUGCUGAUGAAACUAGCAGUGAUGGGGAGCAAGACAUUGAUAUUGAGAAGGUUGAAGUAUCACACACAAGAAGGUCAGGGAGGCCUCGGAAAAUUGUGAGUUAUGCUGAUGAUCUAGAAGAUGAUGAGCAUAACAAAGUUGCAAAAGAGCCAACAGAAAGAGAGACAUUGGACGGGACAGAAAAAGAAUCAGACACUGUUCAAAUGGCUCAUGGUGACAAUAACAAUCCUGGGGAUCAAUCAUCCAAAGAUUACCUUAAGUUGGGGGGUGGGUUUUGUUUGGAGGAAGAAGCUGAUGAUACAAACCCAGAAUCUGGGGAUGAUGACACAAAUAGACUGGAGAAGUCUAAUGAAGAUGAAGAUAUUGAAAUAGGUCUAUUAGAUCAAUUGGUUGCCAGCAGAUCAAGGGAAGAGAUAAUGAUGCGUGCUUCGGAAACUGAGAAUGAAGAUGGCCUUGUGGUGGUAAAUUCUCAGGAAAACAGUUUGGAAGAUGCUUUAACAUCUGGUGGGUCUGUAAGAUCUCUUCGUGCAAUGCCGAACUUAAGAAGGAAAAGAAAGAAGGUUUGAUGUUCUUCCUUUCGCGGAAUCUUUUAUACGUAUAACUGUUGAUUUAUGACUGUUUUGGUGGUUAUUACUUGCAGUUUGAUGUUCUGAUAUUGAUUCGAGAGUUAUUGAAAAAUGUUUUUUUUGGCUUCUCUGUUUUUUCCUAUUUGGUGUAGAGAGAUCUUUUUUUCAGAGCUUAUUCUUAUGGAU